CCGGGUUAUAUUUUGUAAGAUCUACGUAGACCUAAAAGACUUUGUUUCGUUCAGUGUAGUGUACAAUGGCAACUUCCGGUGCUACGAUUUUGAAAAUAUUCUGUACAUUUAUGCUGUUUAACAGCGACUUAGCCGUGAAAACGUUUUCUAAAAAAGAGAUUAGACACAAUAGGGAUCGUGUGUCACGAAUGUUUCAUUAUGCAUAUGAUGGUUACAUGAAGUAUGCCUACCCAUAUGAUGAACUACAGCCUCUUACAUGUGAUGGCCAUGACACUUGGGGAAAGUAUUCCUUGACUCUAAUUGAUGCCUUGGAUACACUGGCUAUAAUGGGGAACUACUCAGAGUUCAGAAAGGUUGCUGACUUGGUGAUAAAGAAUGCUAACUUUGAUGUUGAUAUGAAUGUUUCAGUUUUUGAAACUAAUAUCAGAAUUGUUGGGGGCUUGGUUUCUGCUCAUCUGAUGUCCAAAAAGGCAGGGAUAGAACUGGAAGAUGGCUGGCCAUGUUCGGGACCAUUGCUAAACCUUGCUGAGAAUGUGGCUAGAAGAUUACUUCCAGCAUUUCAAACUAAAACAGGAAUGCCAUAUGGUACAGUUAACUUCCGCUAUGGGGUUCCCAAAGGCGAAACCACCGUAACUUCCACAGCUGGAGUAGGUACGUUUAUCGUUGAAUUUGGGGCCCUCUCUAAGCUAACAGGGGAUCCUGUAUUCCUGGAUACGGCACUGAGGGCGCUGAAAGCACUCUGGAACACCAAGUCUAUUCUUGGCCUGGUUGGUAAUCAUAUAGAUGUUGCCACUGGGAAAUGGACAGCGCUUGAUGCAGGGAUAGGGGGUCAAGUUGAUUCAUAUUUUGAAUACCUUGUUAAAGGUGCAAUACUCUUCAAAAUCCCAGAGCUUAUGACCAUGUUUAAAGGUUAUGAUAUUGCUAUUGAAAAGUAUCUGAAGAGAGAUGAUUGGUACAUGUGGGCACAUAUGACAAAGGGUACUAUCUCUCUCCCAAUUUUUCAGUCCCUGGAUGGCUAUUGGCCAGGAUUGCAGAGUCUUAUUGGAGACAUAGAGAAAGGUAUGAAGACAAUACUGAACUAUCACCAAGUUUGGAGGCAAUAUGGGGCUUUGCCAGAGUUCUAUAGUAUUACCAAGGGGGAGGCCCAUGCCACUAGGGAAGGCUACCCAUUGAGACCAGAGAUGAUAGAGAGUGCCAUGUAUUUGUACCAAGCCACCAAGGACCCUCUACUCUUGCAGCUUGGUGUAGAUGUGUUAGAAUCAAUAGAGCAGGUCACCAAAACAUCAUGUGGAUAUGCUACUAUCAAGAAUGUUCGGGACCACACUCUUGACAACAGGAUGGAGUCAUUCUUCCUUGCAGAGACCACCAAAUAUCUCUACCUGCUGUUUGACCAUGACAACUUUAUUCACAACACUGGGGGCCAUGGGGAUGUAAUCAACACACCCAAUGGUGAAUGCAUCAUAAAUGCAGGGGGGUAUGUAUUUAACACUGAAGCCCACCCUAUUGAUCCUGCAGCCCUGUAUUGCUGUAGCGCUGAAAAGAAGGAGCAAGAUAAACUCCUUCAGGAGAUGCAUGAUGAAAUGGAUCUCCUUGAGCUACUGGAAUUAACUGAUAGCGCAGCUUUGGAAAAGGAUAAGGAUAAACGCAGCAUGGAAGAUAGGCUCCGUGAUAUCAUUGGUGCAUAUGGAUUUGAUGAUGAUUAUGCCAAUUUUGAUGAUGAUGAGGAUGUGCUUGAUGGUGCUGACCUUGUUGAUGAUGAGGAAGAAAAUAUUAAUGAUGAAGCAGAGGAUAUUGAUGCAACUCUGAAUCUAUACAACAAAAUUGUUAAAAAUGUGAAAUCAGAUCAGAUUUUCAAAUUUAAAAUUCAGGACGGAAAUUUUCAAACUGUUACAAUAGAUAAACUAAAAACUGAUGACGCAGUCACUGAUUCUCCACUUAAUGAUAAUUCUAAUAAAAAUGGAGAUUCAGUGGGUAGUAAAGACUUAGAUAACGAGAAAGCAGAAGAAAAGAGAAAACAAGAUGGAAGUAUUGAUAAAAAACAUACAGCAAUAGACACUAGUGCAAUAAAACAGGGUGUGACAAUUGAUGAUUUAAAAUCAAAAAUAACGAAAAUUAUAGAAGAUGCUAAAAUUGUAUCACCCAAAGAAUCAGAGACACCUACCAGUGCUAUAAAACCUGAUGCUGACACUUCUACUAUAGUAAACUCUAAUUCUAAACAAGCUCAAAGUAAUCCAUUCCAAGAUAUAUCAAGUUUAAUGAGCGAUAUGCUUCAACAAUUGAAAAAGCUAUCUGAAAGAGACAAAACGCGAGAAAUGCCAGAAAUAUUUACCUGUCCUGCUCAGCCGUUCCAUUCUAGGUUUUCUGUUGGUGGAGAAAUGUUCUUUGAAGAGUAACUAACUGCAGAUAUGUUAUAAUGUUUUAAUCUUGAGAAACAUUUUUUGCUUGUGAGUGUUUGUGUUCAUUCUGUAUGCCUGGUUUCUAAAAACUGUAUAUUAAACAUGAAUUUAUUUAUAUGUAUUAUGUUGCUGAGUAAAGGCUACUGUGUAUUGCUUUUUUGUAUAGUAAAACCUGUCUUAGUGAA